UAGACUAUCCCGGACCUGUUUUCGUGCGAUUCACGUUAAACUUAAACCAAGAUGUCGAAUAUGGCGCUAUAGCAGUUGAUUUAAUAUAGAAUUUGUAUUUUUCUGUGUCUAAAACUGUAAAAACAGCAGACAAUAAAGUUUUUGAGACGUUUUUUUGUGGGAAAUUCAGUGACGGAGUGUAUGUGUUCGAAGCGACGCUGUCCGUGUAGUUAACGGUACGAAAUCUACCACGUUUGUGGCACUAAACACGUUUUUUUUUAUAGAAAAAUAUCGCCAAAAUUGUGAUAAGUCGUUUUACUGUUUUACUACCGCGCUGGGUAAAUUCUAGUGGAAACGAAUACUCUACGUGGCAUGCAUUAAAACUAACGGAUCUCGAUUUUUAUUUAUUAAUUUUUGGUCUCACCGUAGAAAAGUCGGGGUACAACAUGUAGAAUGGUUUCAGUGCACUCUAAAUGGGACUUUUAAACUAAAAAACCCGCCGCGAACAAGAGCACAACGAAACAUUAACAAAUUGUGAUGGUACAAUGAUGUGGCUGCUGGGUGUAGUUGUGAGUUUUUCUUAAAAAAUUGUGCUUAAAUGUGUAGGCUAUGGAAAUUUCCAUGAGGAUUGAUCAUGGGCCAGUUCAGACUAAUACAAUGUCAUACCCUCAAAGGCAACCACAAAAUCAUAGACCCAACCACAGCCAGGCGUCGCACGCGGCUUCGGCGGCCGACAUCUACAAACGCUCCAGGUCUCCUCUGCCGGCGACGGGACGCUACCCCUACCCCGCUUCGCCGCAGCUGCAGCCGCAACCGCCCCCCGCGGCCACCCUCAACCAGGUGCAGGUGUCCCAGCGGUACCAGGCGCCCCCGCCGGCGCCGACGGCGGUCUCGGCCGCCGCCGCGCCGCCCCUCCUCUCCGCCGGCGUGUACCGCGACUUCCGGCCCAAUCGGAUCUCGUUGCUGCACCCGGAGUACGGGCCAGGCCGGCCCAGGGAGUCCGCUAUCCAGGCGAGCGUCGUCUGCGUCGACGGACUCCAGGGGGGCGGGCAGCAACCGCUGAAGAAGAUCCGGCUGCAGGACAAGGAGGGCAUUCAGCCCCUCAGGAUCGACACUAGGGAGCAGCCGGGUACGUACAAUCCCCAGGUGGAAGCCAUUUCACCCACCUUCCCCGAUCAGCUGACCCAGGACGAUCAGGCCUUCCGCACCACGAAGGACGAGCUCAUCCAGCAGAUCGGCAAGGUUGAUAGAGAGAUCGCCAAGGCUGAAUCGCAGAUAGCGAUACUCAAGAAGAAGCAGGCGGAGCUGGAGGAGAUCGCCAACAAGCCCUCCGUCAAGCCGGUAGUCGAGGAGGAUGUGCCCAAGCACCAGAGCCUACCCCAGAAAAUCUAUGCGGAGAACAGAAAGAAGGCGCAGAGCGCGCACGCCCAGCUCGACACAUUGGGGCCGAAGGUGGAGUGGCCGCUUUACAACCAGCCCAGCGAUGCCCCCGCUUACCACGAGAACAAGAGGAAGAACGUGGCGUUCAAGAGGCGUCUGUUGGAAUACUUCAAGAAGAGGCACACGGAUAAAGAGUCGAGGAAUUCCUAUUUGACAGAAACCUACAGCAAGAUGAUGCAGGAGUGGCUGAGGAAGGUGGACAAGAUCGAGAGUAGCACCAAGAGGAAAGCCAAGGAGGCAAAGAACAGGGAGUUCUUUGAGAAGGUCUUUCCCGAGCUGAGGAAGCAGCGGGAAGACAAAGAGAGAUUCAACAGGGUGGGGGCGCGGGUGAAGUCCGAGGCGGACAUGGAGGAGAUAAUGGACAACCUGCAGGAGCAGGCGCUGGAGGACAAGAAGAUGCGCAGCUACGCGGUGAUACCGCCCAUCCUGCUCGACCAGCGCGAGCGCAAGAUCAAGUACGCGAACAGCAACGGCUUCAUCGAGGACAUGGAGGACGUGUACAAGGGCAGGCAGUUCCUCAACGUGUGGACGGCCAGCGAGAAGGAGAUCUUCAAGGAGAAGUACCUGCAACACCCGAAGAAUUUCGGCGUGAUAGCUUCCUAUCUGGACAGGAAGUCGGUGUCCGACUGCGUGCAGUACUACUACCUCAGCAAGAAGACGGAAAAUUACAAGCAGCUGUUCAGGAAGGCCAGGCAGAGGACGAGGAGCUCGAGGAAUAACACGGCGAAGGUCAGCAACAGUGCCAACACGUCCGUGGUGGACAUCAUGACUCCAGGCGUCACGACACGCCUUCAAAGAGAACAGCAAGCCAAGACGGUGAACCAGCAGCCCCGAUCCGACGCCCAACAGUCGACGGAGCCGGCGACCUCCAGCAGCCCCCCGGCGACGGCGGCGGCGGGCGCGACGACCACCACCACGACGGCCAACAGUCCGCCAUCCUCCACCGCCACGACGACGACGUCCGUCGCCGUAUCGCCCUCGACGAGCUCGACCGUCGCGACGGCGCCGAGCGCUACGUCGUCGUCUCCGUCGGUCUCGACGCCGACGACGUCCAAUUGUGUUUCCACGAAUACGUCUGUGAUUUCGACUAGUAGUAGCGCGGCGACGGCGCCAUCGAUAGUCGCGGCGUCGCCGACGGGCGCCGCGACCAACGACCAUGACAUGUCGAUGGAUACGGACGAUGUCAAACAACCGAAAGGGUUCGCUGGGUGCUUCGGGGCACCCGCGGAGGAGUUUUACGGGAAGGACGGGGCGAAAGAGGGUGCCACGGGUGCCGUCUCCGAAGGACAGAAGCAGGGAGGGGUUGAGGGGGUGGUGGUGAAGAAGGAGAACGAUUCGCCGCAGGAUGUGGUCAGCGAUCAAAACAUGAUGAACAACUCAUUGGUAACGGAGAACAAAAAGAAGAAGGAAAGGAGAAAAGACAAGGACGCCGCUAUCGAGACCAGCGACGAAGAAGCCAACAACGUCCAAGACAAGGCUUGCCAGGGCAACUGCAUCGUGUGUCAGGCCCAGUUGGGCGCCCAGCUACCGUCAAGGCCCCUGCCUUCAAGCCAGGCCUCCCAAUAUGGGCUGCGUGAAGACCAGGUGACCCCCAGCGCUAGGGUGUGCAACGUGUGCCGUUGCAAGUGCAUCCGCUCGCGGUACACGCACUGUCCUCUGCCCAUGUGUCCCAACUCGAGAGGGCGUAUCAAGCGACUCCGCUCGUUUCCAUACAGGUUCCAGGACCUGCCGGCCGACGUCAGGGAGCCCCUGCUCGCCGAAUUCCACAUCCCCAGCGGCGUAACCAAGUGCUGCUCCGCUUGCUUCAACCGCAUCCAGCGCCGGCUGGGUCCCGUGGAAGAGUGGCCCGAGGAGGAUGUGAGCAAGUUGAAGGCCGCUCUCACGGAUCUGGGGGCUAAUUGGCAGAUGAUCAGUGAACGUUUGAACAAGGCCCCGCAUCAGAUCAGGAGCUUCUACGGCGCCAAUCGGAAGAGGCUCAACCUAGAAAGUUGCCUCGGCGACAGGAAGCCCACGCUGACAGACGAGGAGGAGAGCGGCUCAAGCACGUCGAGCUGCGAGGAGCCCAUAAGGGAGCGUAGCAACUCCAGCGACACUGCCAGUGCCGCCGAGAGUCCGCCUGUGCAGGGCUGCAACAGUAACAACCCCAUCAAGAAGGAAGACUAUGACUCGAGCGCCACAGAGACGGCGGAUGAGGCACAGACGCCCGACCACUACCAGGUGUCGGCGACCAUCACGCCGGUCACCAACGACGGCCAGCCCAGGCAGAACACCUCCCCGUUGAGCGUCAAGGACCUGGUGCUGGGGGUGAUCGAAAACUCGUUCAAGAAAAACCCGGUGGUACAGCAGCAGAACCAGAUCAACCCUCCGACAAGCGGCAUGGCGCCCACCAUCUCCUCCAUCCUAAACAACGACUCUAAUGAGGUGACGAUAGUCAGCGAGUACAACCUGAAUAACAUAAACAGCCAGCAGAGGCAGCCGGUGCAGCAGAGAACUGAUUUGAAUUUGGCCAAGCUGACUCCACUUAUAGGGGCCACUAUUACGCCCGUUUCGGGUCCCAUCCAGACGCAGCCUAUGGAGCCUCUGCCUCCAUCCAGAGACGACCUGAUAGUGAUGCAGGUGCCCGACGGGAGGGAGCCCGAGACGCUGGACCUCAGCAUAAAGAAACCGAGAGAGCCGCCUCCGCCCAUAAUGACUAAACACCAGCAACAGAUGCAGCAGCAGCAGCAGCAACAGCAACAGCAGCAACAACAGCAACAGAUGCACAGAUCAGAGCAGGCGUACAUGUACCACCAGGAGAGGAAGAGCCCCGCCUUCACCAUGCGCUCCCAGCCCAAGUUGCCCAGUCCGAAGCCGGCGAAUCCUAAAGCGGGCUCGAUAACUUUAGGCACCCCCAUUAUAUCCCAACCUAGAGGGUACGAAGGCCUCCUGAGACAGAUGCCCGAGGCAAAGAUGGGUUCGAUAACGCAGGGCACACCCAUCCACAUGCCGCACAACAUGCAGGACAAGCGGGUGUACGACUACUUCAAUAAAGCGAGAGCGCAGAUGCCCACCCAACAGAGCCAGAGCCAGCAGCCCCAGUACCCCGGGCAGUACCGAACGGCCUACACCACCGUCGACCAGCAGCUGAGUUCGCAACAGCUCACCUCCAGGCAGAUCAUCAUGAACGAUUACAUCACGUCGCAACAGAUGCUGAGCAGGCGUAACGAGAAACUUCAGUAUUACCCGGCGAACUCCCCUCACCGCACUCCGCCUCCGCAACAGGGGCAGCAGCAGAGGCAGGGAGUGAUCCAGAGACACACCAGGCCGCAAUAUCUCCAGCCGGGCCACGAAGCUCUCUCUUCCUUGGUGGACGUGGCUGUGCAACAACCUUCCCUACCCGUACCUAGCGCCCCGCACGAAGGCCUCGGGAAGACCAUGGCGGACAAUAUCUUGGAACAGCCGCACCGGUACCAGAUAAUCCAGCAACACCAGCAGCAGUUGAGGCAGCAGCAGCGCUUGGAAGAGCAGAGACGGGCGGCCUUCCACCACCAGCAGGCCCAGCAACAGCAACAGGUGCAACAACAGCAGCAACAGCAACGGCAACAGGCCAGGACGGAUUCCAGCACGUUGACUGCCGCCAGCCUGAUAGAUGCCAUAAUCACGCACCAAAUCAACCAGACGGCCGAGGGUGGGCGUGGAGAAGUGGUACAGAACACCAGGGAGCAGAGAGCCGGGGAUCUGCUGUUCCACAAAGUGGAAUCGUCGCAGCAGCAGGGCCAGGAUAACGGCGAUCGACCGCCCUCGGUUAUAAGCGUAGAUUUAGACGUGGACGCGGUGAACAAGAACCUUACUGUGAAAGAGCUGACGGAUUCGGUGAUCAGUCACGACUUUAGCUCGAGGCAGCCCAACUAUUACCACCUGCAGGAGAACGUGAACGAGCAGUGGAAGCGGCGAAUGCAGCACCAGCAGCAGCAGCAGCAGCAGCAGCACCAACACAAGGAGGACAAACGGGCGCAGACUCCCCAGCAGGACGAGCGCCAGAUCAUUAGAAUAGCCCAGCCGCAGCAGAAGUACCACAUAGAGCGUGUGGAGCCCGUCUCACCUCCCGAGAACAACCACUGGUCCGAGCAGAACUUCCGGCGGUACCAGCAGCCCCAGUCGCACAUCUCCCCCCUGGACUACGUCAAGAACAGGAUAGUGGAGGUGAUGCGCACCGAGGACGAUAAGAAGGACAGCCAGGAGGGCUCCCACUCGCAGGAGAAGGACCGCAGCGACAGUCCCGGCGACAUGGUGAUCGACGAGGAGAAGCACGAGAACGAGUUUGGGGCGCCGCCGCCUCAGCAGGGCCAACCAAUGCAGCCGCAGGGCGGGUUUUACUCGUUUGUUCACAAAGACAGCACUGCCAACGAGAACUCGAGGAAUAACGAACCCAAGCCGCUGCUGAGCGCCCAGUACGAGCCGCUCUCGGACGAGGACUAACAGUUAAAGAUUUCCGUGUUUUAGAUUGGACUUUUUUUUUCUGGGAAAAGCUUCUUUCUUGUCUGUAUAUAAUAAGUAAUAAGUGAUAUUUUAGGAUAGGUUUAAUGUUAUUUACACUUAAAGCAGCCCCACUUUGACCGACAUCUCUGGUGGGACGCGGUCAAGAAAUUUCACGUUACCUUCCCGGUUUCAAGACGACGUGGUGGAUUUCGAAAAUAAUUUGUACGUAUCGGAGAUUUUCAUGUUAAAAAGGAGAUAAAUGAGGUCGUUCCGCUCAGUUUUGACUUUUAGAUGUCGUGGAAGUGGGGUCUAACUGUAGCGUCCAACAUUUAGUUAUUUUUUUAAAUAUUGUAACUUGUAGAUAAAUAUUUUAGUUUUACUGAAUUUAAACCAGAAAUGAUGUACAUAUUAUGUAAACAUGAGGAUCGUAAGUGUAAGUCGACUUUUAGGUUAGGUUAAAAGAUGUACGGAGCCGAUUGCAUAACUUUUAAAUUAUUUCCAAUUUGGUUUUUAUGCAAUUGCGAGACGAGUUCUUUGCAUUUCCAAUGUCAUCAGUUUUCUCUUUUCUUUUUAAUAUUUUUAUACGUAACUAAUUUCGUGUACUACUAAAAUUUGCUAAAGUGCAAUUUUUCGUUUGCUAGAUUUUAAAAAAAAGUUGUACAUUUCCUUCCGUAACGUGUACAUGUUUUUUAAUUUUUUGGGAAUGUAAAUAACUAAAUUUAUUAUAAAUAUUUUAGAACGUAAGGAAUCCCAUGUAAAUAUUUGUGAAUUUUUUUAAUUUUUCCGUUUCACAAUGUAAUUUAAGUCUUUACGCUUUUGGCGUCUAAAACUAGACGAACUGAUAAUUUUUCUACACUAUAAAACAAAUGCUUCCAAAAUAUGUACACUGUCAAUUUUUUUAGUUUGUAAUUUUCAAACUUGUUAUUUUGUUGAAAUAAAUGAAUAUCAGUUGGA